AGGUUAGCGGGGUUUGGCUGAGUGUCCCUUUCAAUCUAAAGAGACAGAAUUCCAGCACCCACCACCUCCAUUUCCAGUGUUCCCCUCUCUCAUUACUCUCACUUAAACCCUAAAGAAAACCCUAAUUUCCCAAAUUUUCAUCAUUUCCGGAUGGCAAUCUGCUUUCUAUUUCAACCCCCUCUAAAACCCAUCAACAUCCCUCCAUCAUCAACCAAAAGAGCCCCCAUCUUUAGAUGCAAAGCCUCUUUUUCCACCACCAUCACCACAGAGCCCGAGCCCCAGCCCGUCUUCACCUUCGUCAAGUCCUUCGCCCCUGCCACGGUCGCCAAUUUCGGCCCAGGCUUCGACUUCCUCGGCGCCGCCGUCGACGGCCUUGGUGACUUUGUCUCCGUUAGCCUUGACUCCUCCGUCCGUCCCGGUCAUGUGUCGAUCUCGGAAAUCUCCGGAUCUUCUAAACUCUCCUCUAACCCUCUCUUCAACUGCGCCGGCAUCGCGGCCAUCGCCGUCUUGAAAAUGCUUCAUAUUCGCUCCUUCGGCAUUUCCCUCAAACUCGAAAAAGGCUUACCUUUAGGAAGCGGCCUCGGUUCCAGCGCCGCCUCAGCCGCUGCCGCCGCCGUGGCGGUCAACGAACUUUUCGGCGCCAAACUCGGAGCUGACCAGCUGAUUCUAGCUGGAUUAGAAUCCGAAGCAAAAGUGUCCGGUUAUCACGCCGAUAAUAUCGCUCCGGCAGUCAUGGGAGGUUUCGUUCUAAUCAAAAGCUACGAACCUCUAGAAUUAAAACCCUUAGUUUUCCCCAGUAAUCAGGAACUGUUUUUCAUAUUAGUUAGCCCGGACUUCGAGGCCCCCACCAAGAAAAUGCGGGCGGCUCUGCCCGCGGAAAUCGGGAUGCCGCACCACGUGUGGAAUUGUAGCCAAGCGGGUGCAUUGGUGGCUUCGGUGUUGGAGGGUGACGUGGCAGGGUUGGGGAAGGCGUUGUCGUCGGACAAGAUCGUGGAACCGAAACGUGCGCCGUUGAUUCCGGGGAUGGAAGGGGUCAAGAAGGCUGCGAUUGAAGCCGGUGCGUUUGGGUGUACGAUUAGUGGGGCGGGGCCGACGGCUGUGGCUGUGAUUGAUAAUGAAGAGAAAGGGAAGGAGAUCGGGGAAAAGAUGGUGGAGGCGUUUCUAAAAGAAGGGAAUUUGAGGUCGGUGGCUAUGGUUAAAAGGCUCGAUAGAGUUGGUGCUAGGCUUGUCGACAGUUGUCCCAGAUGAUGAUCAAAUUGAGUGAGGAAUGGCUUUGAAUCGAGUUAUAAGAUAUGAACAUGUGGUUUUGAGUUUGAGAGUUGCAGCCCAAUUGCGACAGAUUACU